ACUCCUCCUCCCUGUAAGCUUGGGCACACUGCUUUGGAUGGCUGUCACAACACAGCCAUGCAAAGUAGUGUGCUUACAGUGAAGCACAAACACAGCCCAGUAUGCAAAACAGCACACAGCUAACCCUUUGAUCGCUGCACAUGUUAACCCCUUCCUGCCCAGUGCCAUUAGUACAGUGUCAGUGCUUUUUACUAACACUGAUCAUUUAUUUGGUGUCACUGGGGAUGUCAGUGACACCAAGUCAGUUCCCCCCAGUGUCAGAAUGCCCGCCGGAGUCCCGCUAU